UGUCAUAUUCGUUAUGGUGGAAGGUAAGACAUUCUAAGAAGCACUCGGGUGAAGUGACUAACGUGAACCCAGCCACACUUACGCUCAGUCAGGUGGCUCCUUUCAUUCACAUGUUCAGUGCAGCCUUGGCUUCAUUCGAUACAAUCCGUGAUGAUAUGAGACAUCAAUCAAGCAUUGACGGAACCACCGACGAUGAUGGUGCACGCUUAGAGAACAUCAACGGAUCUUUCGAGUUGAAGCAGGUCUCGUUCAAAUAUCCAUCACGGCCUGACACUGUUAUACUUCAAGGGCUGAAUCUUGUUAUUCCGGCCGGACAGCACACGGCGAUUGUCGGAAUGUCUGGGAGCGGAAAAUCAACCAUUGCUGGCUUGCUGAUGCGACUCUAUGAUCCUACAGAUGGCCAAAUCCUUCUGGACGGCAAGGACCUGCGCACUCUCAAUACGCGGCAACUGAGGAGUUAUAUCGGCUUAGUGCAACAAGAGCCCUCGCUCUUGAACCGUUCGAUCCUGGAAAACAUCGCACACGGCUUGGUGAACUCAGCGCAUCCCGAUCACAGCCGGUUGGUGCCAAUUCUGCUUGGUCCACAGUUGGCCAUUGUGGCAGAGUCCGUCAGGAAUGGCACAGAUAUGAUAGUUGCCGCUGAGGAACAGGGUGCACUUGUGCUGGAAAUUGUUGGACUCGUCCGAAAAGCUGCCGCUUUAGCCGAUGCGACCAACUUCAUCUUGUCUCUCAAAGAUAACUACGGUACUUUGGUAGGUGUUGGUGGUCGACUGGUCAGCGGAGGCCAGAAGCAACGGAUUGCGCUCGCAAGGGCUUUGAUCAAGGACCCCAAAAUCCUCAUCCUCGAUGAAGCUACGGCUGCACUUGACUCCGCCAGCGAGCAACGCAUUCAGGCUGCUAUGUCCAAGGUGGCCCUAGGGAGGACUCUGGUCACCAUUGCACACCGCCUGGCCACUGUCAAACACGCCGACAAGAUCAUCGUCCUGAAGGAAGGCAUGAUCCUUGAAGAGGGGAGCCAUACGACACUCGUUGCCGAGGCAGGUACUUACGCCAGUCUGGUACAGAUGCAAACGAUUGGGGCGGAUACUAAUGAGGAUCUGGGCCCGUUGCAAAGCUCACUCGAAGUCGGUGCCGUCAGGGAUACUUUUGCUGAUGAGAAGAGACAUGAUCACGCGUCUCAACAAGAAGUUGAGCCAAGCAGCUCUGGUGAUGAGGGCAGCGCUGAUCCAGAAGACGAAGUACCAGCCACAUCAUCGAGGUCCAUGGCAUCGGCGAUGGGCGGGUUGUUACGGUUCAUGCGGCCUUUUAUGCUCAUUGUAGUGAUGGCAUUGUUGGCUGCAAGUAUCGUGGGAGGAUCUUUUUCUGCCGAAGCAGUCAUUUUCGGCAACACGGUUGGGCGACUCAAUCCCUGCAAGACCGAAUCCAGUAUUCGAUCCGCCGGCAACUUUUUUGGUCUCAUGUUCUUUGUCCUCGCGAUCAUCGAGUUCUUUGCCAAUCUGGUCAGCUGGUCAGCCUUCGGUUGGCUCUCGGAGAAAAUGCUGUACAUUGUGCGACUCUUGUCCUUCCGCUCGUUGCUCGGGCAGAACCUCCAGUGGCAUCAAUCGGAGAAUCGGACUCCCGCAAAGCUGCUCCUGUAUAUCACCAAAGACGGCAAUGCUUUGGCGGCCUUGAGUGGUUCCGUUCUGGGCACAAUAUUCUCCAUUUCAGUGAAUCUGGUCGUCGCCAUUGUCUUGACCCAUAUCAUUGCGUGGAAAAUUGCGCUGGUAUGUCUAGCAUUGGUGCCGCUACUCCUUGGGGCCGGCCUCAUGGAAUUGCGAGUUUUGGGUAAUUUUGAGGAUAAGCACGAGAAUGCGUUUGCCGAAUCGGUCGAUAUCAGCGUGGAAGCGAUCACCUCAAUCAAGACUGUUGCAGCAUUAGGCCUGGAGAAGGAAACCCUGGGGACCUAUCGACGCUCACUCAAAGGUCCUCGUAAGGAAACCACGGCGGUCAGCCUCCAGGCGAGUCUGUGGUUGGCUCUCAUGUACUUCUUGGGCAACAUGGUGAAUGCGCUGGCCUAUUGGUGGGGAUCGAAACAGAUCAUAGCUGGGACCUACACUCAGACUCAGUUUCUAAUUGUGGUCUUCUCCCUCCUGGUGAGUGCGAUGCUAUGGAGUCAAAUGUUCGCACUGGCACCGGAGCUUUCAAGUGCUUGGGCUGCUGUUGCAAGAAUCCUGGACCUCAUCGAUAUCGGCCCGACAAAAGAUUUGAAGGUCGAGAAGCAUUGGGCGGCUUUGCCACAGUCCAUCGAGAAGGAUGUUGAAGCACUGGCAGAAGCAAAGGAGAAGAGCUCCAUGACGAGAUCAAGCAACGGCUCUAGCGUCAGUCUUCGCAGCAUUACUUUUACGUAUCCUGCUCGCCCGGAUAUGAAGGUAUUGCAAGGACUGCAGUUAGAAAUCCCCAGCGGACAAUUUUGUGCUCUCGUUGGACCAAGUGGAGCGGGCAAGUCCACCGUCAUAUCACUUAUUGAGGGCAUGUACAAACCCCAAAGUGGUUCGAUCCUCAUUGACGGUAUCGACAUCACGCGGCAAAAGGAUUUCUCAUUCCGCGACGAGAUAUCUCUUGUCCCUCAAGACAGUGUUCUCUUCGAAGGCACCGUCGCAUUCAAUGUGGGACUUGGAGCCAGACCUACGGAAGAGGCGAGUCGAGCUGAUAUUGAGGAAGCGUGUCGGCUUGCGAACAUUCACGAGACUAUUGUCAGCUUACCGCAAGGCUACGAUACUCUGUGCGGGCCAAGUGGAAGCCAGCUGUCUGGCGGCCAGAGACAACGUCUCUCGAUAGCCCGAGCAUUGGUCCGCAAACCUCGACUUCUCAUUCUUGAUGAAUCUACGAGUGCACUGGAUGCGGAGUCCGAGAAACUCUUGCAGGAAGGGUUGGCCAAGGCCUCGAAAGGGAUUACCGUGAUAGCGAUUGCACAUCGGCUGCACACGAUCAAGCAAGCGAACGUUAUCUUCUUGAUUGAGGGAGGCAAGUGUGUCGACCAUGGCUCGCACUCGGAACUGUUCCAAAGAUCUGAGAGUUAUCGCAGCAAUGUGUUGCAUCAGACUUUGGGAGAUGUAGAGCAGGUGGCAUAGUAGCUUAGAUAAUCAAGUCAGGAAGAAUCACAAAGCAUCCGCACUUUGCUGAGA